GCUGCUGCCGCCCUGCCCCUGCGCCGGCUGAGCCUGGCUGAGCGAAGUGCACGCAGGCUUCACUGCCGCGUCGAGUAGCGUCGAGAGCAUUAUAACCGGCCGUCUUGUCGGCGGGUGUUCGGCGGUGCUGAGGAUACCGUUAUACGCGAUCACUACUCCCAGCGUCUUCUCUCGACUUCCACGGGAGCUCUGCAAUUCAAAGAACCCUAGAUGUGGAGAUGAGCCAUGGGCAGGGGAGCAGUGGCGGGGGCGGAGCUCCGGGUGCAGAUUACGACUACCUCAUCAAGUUCCUGGCGCUGGGCGACUCCGGGGUGGGCAAAACGAGCUUCCUCUACCAGUACACCAACGCCACUUUCAACAGGCAGUUCAUCUCCACCGUCGGCAUAGACUUCAGGGAGAAGAGGAUCACGUACCGGUCCCCGGAGGGCGGCGGCCGCAGCCAACGCAUCUACCUGCAGCUGUGGGACACGGCGGGACAAGAGAAGUUCCGCAGCCUCACCACGGCCUUCUUCCGCGACGCCAUGGGCUUCCUCGUCCUCUUCGACCUGACCAGCGAACAGUCCUUCCUCAGCAUCCGGUCGUGGCUGGAGCAGCUCCGCACGCACGCGUACUGCGAGAACCCGGACGUGGUGCUGUGCGGCAACAAGGCGGACCUGGAGGAGAGCCGCGCCGUGAGUGAGGCCCGCGCCAGGGCCGAGGCCGAGAAGCACGGUUUCCCGUACUUCGAGACGAGCGCGGCCACGGGACACAACGUGGGCCGCGCCGUCGACGCCCUGCUCAACCUGGUCAUGCGGCGCAUCCAACACACCGUGGACCGCGGGGGAGCGCCGCCGCAUGCCCUGACGGCGACGCGACGCUCGCCGCUUGAGGACGGGGACCCGCUGCGCAGGGCGCCCGGGGAGGACGCCCUUCCACCGCCCAAUAACGGAUGCAGUUGUUAGUGUUAGGCUCACAGGGACGAUGCCAGCACCCCACAGCCACGUCGGAGGAAGACCCCCUUCGCCCGAGACGUCCGAGACAGCGGCGACGUGUUCGCCUCCGCACUUGAGAACGUCUCGACCUCGUGUGCUCUCGCUCGGACUGGUUGGGCGUUUGAGGGCUCGCUGUCCCGACCUGGCAACCCAAGAAUGCUGCUCAGUCCGGCUAUUCUGAUCCGGACAAGGAAAGAUUCAGUAAUAGAAAGUUUUCUAACAUCGUUCUUGAAUUCCGUUAACGAUACUCGAUACUCAGCCGGCGUCUUUACACACGCAUCGUGUUGUUUAAUGUGUUGUUGUUGCUUUCUCGGGUAUCGUUAUCGGAGUGCAAGAACGAUCCACUCAAACUCUCUCGUAAAGUUAACCAAGGCUCGCAGGGAUACGCUCUUGGAUUGCUUGGCCGGGCGUCACGCCCACAGUCGAACAGCCUCGCUUCGACUUGUUUAGACCCUGUUCCCCUUUCAGGCUAGCGUUACGCUGUGCGGGAUACGGUGCGUCAGCUUGGCGUUGUGUCCUCGUGGAAGCGUUCCUAAAGCCCGGGUUUCUAUAAAUGUCCCCGAAAAUUCCUAAAAGAAAAAAAAAACUAAAAGAAAGAGCAGCAUGCUACUCAUCCGUUACAAGCAGUUUCUCUUCUUCUAAAUGACGAGCGCUUCGAUCGUCAGUGGUAGUGCUCGUUUGUUCGCGUUCCUGUUGCUUUGCUUCUGCACAAAAUCUAGUCAGAAAUGAUUCGACCUGCGCGUUUGUUUGUUUUAUUGAGCGUCGAUAGGGGCUGAUUUCAUUGUGACGAUUUUUGCACAUUUAUAGUCACGGCCAUAUUAAGAAAGGCAGGAUGUGUCUUGUUGUGUUUACGCUCUUGCUUCGACAUUCUUAUCGGAAGAUGGCGCAGUCUUCUUGGCUACCGAAAGGUAAUAAAAGAGUCGGGGCUCGCCCUGGCGUUUCUUAAGCUUUCAGCGACCACAGGGACUGUUAAAGUUCUAGUUUUAAUAGUUAAUCCCUCAUCCAGCCGCGCGCAUAAAUAGCCUCCGAGAAAACAAUCCCCGACCUCCGUGCCUCGUUCCGACAGUUUGAUACCUGCAACUGCAGCCGUUAGUGCGGCUAAAAAGCUCCCGUCAAAAAUAGACCGAUUCACCCGGAGCAUCUGGAAGGAAGUUCUCGGUCCACGACGAGAAAGUGCAGCCAAAGUCUUCUACUUCCGACACUAAAUACUGUCGCUUCUCCGUGACUCCUCAUUGCAACUCGCCUUACGAAGUCUGCAGCGCUACCGCUCAAGAAUGUAGCUUUUGGCCGGACCGGUGAGCCAAGAUGUUUGUGACACGAUUGUGGUGGACUUGUCCAGCGUCAUCUCAGCCGUCGCUUUUCUUUUGCCGUUGAGCUUUUUGUGGGAUCCCUCUAACCGCCGCUGUUCCUACCGUGUGGUUGUGGCUUCAUAAAGUGAUCGGCAGUUUGUUACGAGGCUCGCAUCGCUAGAAAGCAGGUGAUUCAGUCUGAAAAACCAAGAUGAGGUAAACCGGAUUGCGGAGAAAAGUUCUGUAACUAUCCGGCUUCGUGGAUCUUGACUGUCAAAGGUUGUCGCCAGGGAGCGUCGCUGUGUUACGUGAAGUCGCGAACUCCCUCGUGUUGUGCAUGGGCGCUUGUCUAUGUGGACGGACUGCACUGGCGCUCGACUUAUUCUGCAGGGGCACGCUUUUGGAGCUAAGCUUUGCAGCGCGUGAGUGGAUCUUCGUGCAGCACUUCUUUUCAAAAAAUUGUGUGUGUACUUUUCGGGCAAGUGCAAUUGUGCGAUUUUCAGGUGCAGUCAUUACCUUCAGCGUGGUAAGCUUGCUGUGGGCCUGUCUGCGCAAAGUAUUCUGCGUGUGUAAGUCCCCCUGAAGUCACUGAGACGCCUCGUGCAAACGCGCGUCUUUUUGUCCUACUGCCGAAUUUUACCUUGUGAUUCUGAAUCGCUGACGGCUCGGCGUUUCUUAGCUAGACUAGAUGUUGAAAAGUGUAUCGUUUUUGAAUGACGUGAUCAUGUAUACGCGCAUUUAGCUUGCACUGAACUCUCUGCUGAAUCGGACCACCCUUCUGACGAGCGCGAUUGUUGAGGUCUUUCAGUUCGUUCGUUUAUACCUGCAGUUGACAAUGAUUGUUGAUGAAGCAGUGCUCUAAACUCCCAUCGCUGUUUUCGUACUGAUACUAUCGACGUCUGUUGCUGGUUCUUAACAACAACACAACUUGGUGUAGCUCUUUUGCGGUCACGAAGCGAAAGCAUAGGUCAUGCAUGUUAUCCCGUGGGAUAACACGGUGUCAAUAUUUCAUUCUAGAACUGUCAAGUGUUACCCAACUGUUAGCCCAGGUUUGGAAAUCCACGUCCCCUGUCUUCCCGUGCGACCCGGUUAUCACGAACGUGAUUCAUUGGCCAUUUCGAUCUACAGUUAAAUCUAGAAAACAGAUUGACUUUUAGAAGUUAAAUAGGAGCAACAGGCGAUCGAGAGUUUGGGCCAACUUCUACGUACUAUGUGCACUCGUUUCGUUUUCUGCCAACCCUUCUUUAUAUACUUUUUUUGACUCCAGUUUUAAGCUGGAUCGUUUUACGCAGGGUAUUCCGGGGCAGCUCGUCGGUGAUUUUGGACAUUCCCGGUUGUAACUCGAACCGGUGACAGGUUAAUUAGAUUCCGAUCAGUGGUCGCCAAUUUCUGUCCGAAAGUUUGGACUGCCUCGGGUGGUUUCCCCAAAUCAGCCGUGUUCCCAUGGCCGCGAUUCUCGUUGUAACUUUAUGGAUUCUACGCUGUAUACUCGUCAGUGCACAAUCGCCGGAACCUCUUGUAAGUAAAUAUUACUUAUGAUGAUGUUCUCUAAGGAUGUACACUUUGUUCAGAAAUAUACUUCCGUUAUGAGAUGUCUGCAC